AUGUCCACUGGAAAGCCUGCUACUCAAUACCAAGCAUGGAAAAAGCUUCAAGAGCUUCAUUCAUCCAAGUCAUCCAAACUUGUGUUGAAGGAACUCUUCAAAUCUGAUCCUAAGCGAUUCUCCACUUUCUCCAAAUCGUUCAAAUCAUCUUCACCUGAUGUAUCCAUUCUUCUCGAUUACUCCAAGAACUUGAUUGACGACGAAGUCCUUUCAGCCCUCUUCGAAUUAGCCAAAGAAGCAUCCGUUGAAUCAUUCAGAGAUGACAUGUUCGCCGGUAAACACAUCAACACAUCUGAAGAUAGGGCAGUCCUUCAUGUGGCUUUGAGAAAUCCUCCUGCAGACAAAGGCGGAUUCAAAAUCUCAGAAGAAGGUGUAGAUGAAGUUCACGGUGUACUUGAUCAUAUCAAAGAAUUCUCAGAUUCAGUUAGAUCAGGUCAAUGGAAAGGUUAUACCGGAAAAUCAAUUGAUACCGUUGUAAACAUUGGUAUCGGUGGUUCAGACUUAGGUCCUGUAAUGGUCACUGAAGCUCUUAAACAUUACUCCAAGCGUGAUCUCAAAACUCUUUUCGUAUCAAACAUCGAUGGUACAGAUUUAGCUGAAGUCCUCAAACUCUGUAACACCGAAACCACCCUUUUCAUCGUCGCUUCAAAGACUUUCACUACUCAAGAAACAAUCACAAAUGCUGAAAGUGCUAAAUCUUGGUUCUUGGAACAAGCUAAAGACCAAGCACACGUUGCCAAACACUUUGUAGCUUUAUCCACCAACACAAAGGCAGUUGAAGCAUUCGGUAUCUCUAAAUCAAACAUGUUCGCAUUCUGGGACUGGGUCGGUGGUCGAUACUCCCUAUGGUCAGCUAUCGGUCUUUCCAUCGCUCUUGCUAUUGGAUUCGAGAACUUCCAAGAAAUGUUGAAUGGUGCGCAUGAGAUGGACAAACACUUCAAGACCACUCCUCUUGAAGAGAACUUGCCUGUGAUCUUGGCUUUGGUCGGUAUCUGGUACAACGACUUCUACGGUGCUCAAACCCAAGCUCUUCUUCCUUAUGACCAAUACCUCAAAAAAUUCGCCGACUACUUCCAACAAGGUGAUAUGGAAUCCAACGGUAAGAGCGUUACCAAAGAUGGAUCACGAGUAGACUACGAGACUGGACCCAUCAUUUGGGGACAAAGUGGUACCAACGGUCAACACGCUUUCUACCAACUCAUCCACCAAGGUACCAAGCUCAUUCCUGCCGAUUUCCUUGCCCCCGUUGAAACUCUUAACCCUAUCUCCGGAGGUAAACAUCACGAGAUCUUAUUGUCCAACUUCUUCGCUCAACCUGAAGCUCUUGCAUUUGGUAAAACCGAACAACAAGUAAUCGAAGAACUUGGUGCCGAAGGAUCCAAGAAUUCUGCUCUCGUCAAAUCAAAGAUCUUCGAAGGAAACAAACCUACAAAUUCCAUUUUGUUCCAAAAACUCACUCCUGGUACCCUUGGUGCUCUUGUCGCUCUAUACGAACACAAGAUUCACGUACAAGGUGCUAUCUGGGGUAUCAACUCUUACGACCAAAUGGGUGUCGAGCUUGGUAAGGUUCUCGCUAAGAACAUUCUCAAGCAACUUGGAUCAGAGAGUGAUGUUUCAGGCCACGACAGCUCUACUACCGGUCUUAUCCAUUACUACCAAAAGAACAGAAAGUAG